UUCACAAUUAAAAGAAUAUUCCAAUAAUUCAUUGUCGUCAUAUACUCUGUCGAACCACAAUUGAUACCGGAAAGCAGGCAUUAAGGGACUUUAUUUUUCACCCGAUAAUACAAUUAUACAUUUCAUUCGCCGGUAAGCGAACGCGUUAGAGACUGGUGCCCAGCAUGAACAAGUAAAUUUAACAUCACACCUCUCAUAGGCCAUUUUUCACCCUAGAAUAAUGAAUCUCGACUCAAUCCCGGAUCGUUCAGUAGUGAUUUAUGGAAUCUAGGAAAAUGGGGUAUUUUUAGUGGACAAUACUGAGGUUUACUGCUGGGCUGUUGUAUUAGCCAGGCGUUCCGUGUGGUGUGUCCGUGGGGCGUGUGGUGAGCUGGGACUGCGUUGGAUCGAGGCAGUGGCAGUGGCAGUUCACACUGGCCUCCAUUUUUAAUCCAAGACCAACAUUUGAGUUCUGUUAGUUGGAGCAAAAAAUUUCGUUCUGUUUUGACUAGAAGUAAACACGGCUACGAACGGGCUGUACCCAACUUCUGCCCAUGGAUAGCAGUGGCCAAGAACGUAGUAGGACGAGGGCAGCCAAGGUCCAAGAUGGGCACAACUCUUCCAGCUCGAGGACCUCGCGAAGUCGUUCCUCGGGCAACUCUGAAGAGGUCCACAUCGGCCGAUAUAGACUCAUGAAAACUAUCGGAAAGGGCAACUUUGCUAAAGUAAAACUGGCCAAACAUAUUCCCACUGGAAAGGAGGUCGCCAUCAAAAUCAUCGACAAAACCCAGCUUAAUCCAAGCAGCUUGCAAAAGUUGUUUAGAGAAGUUCGAAUAAUGAAGUUUCUUGAUCAUCCAAAUAUAGUUAAACUUUAUGAAGUGAUAGAGACUGAUAAAACGCUGUACCUAAUAAUGGAAUAUGCAAGUGGAGGUGAGGUCUUUGACUACCUCGUAGCCCACGGCAGAAUGAAGGAGAAGGAAGCUAGGGCUAAGUUCAGACAGAUUGUGUCUGCCGUCCAAUAUUGUCAUCAAAAACAUGUCAUUCAUAGGGACUUAAAGGCUGAGAAUCUUUUACUGGAUUCUGAUAUGAACAUCAAGAUAGCAGAUUUUGGUUUUAGUAAUGAGUUCACGCCAGGGAAUAAAUUGGAUACAUUCUGUGGCAGUCCACCAUAUGCUGCUCCAGAGCUCUUCCAGGGCAAAAAGUAUGAUGGUCCGGAAGUUGACGUCUGGAGUUUGGGAGUCAUCCUUUACACACUAGUUAGUGGUUCUCUACCUUUUGAUGGCCAGAAUUUAAAGGAAUUACGAGAAAGAGUACUUAGAGGAAAAUAUAGAAUACCAUUUUACAUGUCUACAGAUUGUGAAAAUCUCCUUAAAAGAUUUUUAAUAAUUAACCCAACAAAAAGAGCUAAAUUAGAGCAAAUAAUGUCAGACAAAUGGAUGAAUAUAGGAUGUGAAUUAAAUGAGUUGAAACCUUACUUAGAGCCUCUUCCUGAUUUUAAGGAUGAAAAACGAAUGGAUAUUAUGCUUCAAAUGGGUUUCUCAAAAGACGAAAUCCACGAUAGUCUAACAAAUAAUCGAUAUGACGAAGUCAUGGCAACAUACUUAUUACUGGAUGAAAGAAGCCAGUCUCUUUCAUUACGAAAUGUUAAUGGUCCAAAUGAUCCACUAAUGAAUAGUACGGCAUCAGUAAGACAAUCUGACUCAUCAUCUGGGUCAAGUUCAAGACCUGUACGACCAGCCAGAACAACUAGCUCAAGAGCACGGGAGCGUGGUGAUAGGGAAAUACCCAGAAGGUAUUCACACGGUCCUCAUGAACGGGCUGGUAGAACAGCUGGGGAGGGAAGACAACCAACUCAAAGAGCACACAGACCAAGUGCCACUGCUGAUAGCAGUAUUCCGACACCUCAAGUUCGGACAUCAACAAGACCAGGAGCAGACAGACAGACAGGACCAGCACAAGAGGAACGUCUCCCAACUACAGUAGGAAGAGCUGCGAAUCCUAACAAAGCUGAAAUCCCUGAACGGGAGGAUAAUACAAGAAGUAGAGGAAGAGCACAACGGCAACAUAGUAUGCCACCUGGGAUGUCUCGUCGCAACACAUUUGUAUGUGAUCGACGAGCAGAAGGGAAAGGAGAUGAAAAAAAUAAUUCAACACAAACUGGUUCAACCCAAAUAGAUGGUAAAGAACCAAGCUCCACGCCCCCGGAGGCUGGACCAAGUAGUGUAAAGCCUAGACCUCCACCAUCAUCUAAAGCGGGCCUAACAAAUCGUCUAGAACCAGUCCGUAGAUCCCUACCCCCUGUAUCUUCACAUCAGGAAGAUAGAUAUAGACCAGGUUCUACUCCAAACUCCAACAUCCCUGUCCCUUCAAGAUUAGGCACUCGUAACAUGCCUGCACGUAGUACAUUUCACAGUGGUACCCAGAGAGAGCGGCAACGAGAUGAUGGGAUGUCUCGAGCACAUGACACCAACAGUGCUGGUGUAUCGGCUGGUAGACCUUCUAUACUUAGUAAACUGACAUCUCGGUUCAGUAAGAGGGCGCGUGGAAGCGGGGGAACAGGCUCAAAGUCCUCACCCGAUCCAGGGGCCAGUGGGCGGACGAGGUCUAGGUCUCUUCGAGGAACGCUUGCUAGACUCUCAUUCAGAAAGCAGAGAAAAAGGUCCGUUGGAGACUCGAACGAUAAACCACGCUCGCUUCGAUUUACCUGGAGCAUGAAGACUACAAGCACUUUGGACCCUUAUGACAUGAUGAAAGAAAUAGUCAAGGUCCUGGAGGCCAAUGACUGUAACUAUGAACAAAAAGAAAAAUAUCUCAUGCUUUGUUGUCAUGGCAGCCCGCCUGAGAAUAACCAUGUGCAGUGGGAGAUGGAGGUGUGUAAACUACCUCGCCUGUCACUCAACGGCGUCCGCUUCAAGAGGAUUUCCGGCACAGCCAUCAACUUCAAGAACAUCGCAUCUAAAGUUGCCAAUGAAUUGAAACUGUGAUGCAAACAACUCAAUAUUCAAGUAAGGGAUUACUAUGCAACAGCCAAGGACUGUUUUUCUGCGUGACGUUCAGGAUGUUACAGUAUUGCGUUACUUCAAUCGUGACACGAACGCGUCAGAUUAUUAUUUGUGGCCGAAAGAGAAAAAAAUCAUAUGGAACCAAAGUCAAAGAUAUCACGUUGAUGUGCCAAAACCAGGGUCACAUCUCUCACUCUACGGAUUAUGAAUUUCACGCAUGUGCAUCGACAAACACGAGAAGCCAUGGAAGAUGUCACGUGACUUAAUGCGAACGUCUUCGCAAACAUAUGGUGGAUCAAUGCCCGUGCUUUAUCUCUCUGUACAGUGUAUAAGUGUACAUAGCUUUAGGAACUAUUAUUUAAUUUUUAUUGGCGUUCUAUCUAUGGGCUUUACUGUCGAGCCAAGAGCCAGUCAGAUGUCGCUGUCUUGUUUCGACAACCAGACCAACUCGGUAUUGCACAUCAUUCCUCUUUUAAUGGGUAGGAGCUACCCCACGAUAUCUUUACUCUCUACAGAUUUUAGUUUUAUAGGGAUGACUAGAUAGUACACCACUUAAGUGGCUUUAUGGGGAGGGGUUAUGGGGUCAGGCCUAGGGGUGGUACCUCUAUUGACUUGUAUACGUGUAUACUUCAUUUGUCGUAUAUUCUAUGUUCCUUCGCUUGUACAUGAUUUAAUAUUACAGGGGGCUUAAUGAUUAUUAUUUCAAGGGAAAUUUUGUGURUGACACAUGAAGUAUACACCUGUAUAGGCGUACGACAUCAAAUAUCUAAUGUUCAUGCAUAAUGUUAGUAUUCAAUAUCCUUUGAUAACCUAACAACCACCAUAAUUGUGGAAGUAAAUAUUUCGAAGUCAGAAUAUCUGGCGACUGUAGCUGAGGCAUAAGUCAGUAGUAUGCCAAAACUCUCUGAUUCAAGACUUGCGAGUGUUGGUUUUACUUGCGACCACAGUGAAACAACGCCAGCAGGAGUUAAGAUUAAAAAAAAUUUUUUUUUUCGUUCGUUGGAAUCAUAAAACAGAAUUUUUUGGCAGGCCAAAAUUGAAAGAAAUGGGUUAUUAGUAACUCUUAUAGGUGGAUGUAGUCUUGAUGAUGUAAUUCCAUUAAUAGCGCUUUGCCAAUUAAAGUCAAUAUAAAUUCUGCACCCUACUUUGUUUUAUAAACUAUUAUUUUUCUGCAACGCUUUUUAGAAUGGAUUACAUUACAAGGCUGCGUCCACGUAAUCCGUCGUACGCCCAUGCAAUGAGAGUUGCCAGCCCCACGGCCUGGGGUAUGGGAAUGGUUAUAGGAAGAGGAGAAUAGGAACAUAGACAGACUUAAUCUAGACCUUUGAAGCAAUGCAUUGCCAAUCCAAAUGAAUUGUGAUCAUCAUUCACAGCUUUAAGUUGUAAAGAAAAAAUUUAGUUUUAAUGUAAUCAUCACCUUUUUAAUGAAUUAAGGCACAUUUUUACUCGAUAAGUAAAUUAGAAUCUAGUUGAUUAAGAAACCGUUCGAUGAGACAAAAAAUGGUGGCUAAAAUAUCCUAUGCGAAUACCACUGCCACCUGGUUCAUUAAACUUGCCUGACCCAGGCUCUCGGGGUGAUUUAAUGACGAAGGAAACUCGGUCGAAUGUUCCCAGUAAUGCAUUGCUGCCACCGAGAGCCUGGGGCAGUCUGGGAUUGAUAAACUUCAAGCCAACUUUUCUUAUGGACAGUAAUUAAAAUAUAACUAAUAAUGUAAGGUAUGAGGGGAACUAGGAUCGUUCUUAAUACAGGCAAAUGUUAAUACUCGUGUGGGAUUCUUAUUUAUUCCCAUCCAUCCAUCCAGUUUGUAUAAUAAUCUACCAGCAUCUGAAAAAARGACACAAAUAGAUGA